CGAAUCCUUGAACACUGGCGUAUUGGGACGAAGAUGUGGCCUGUAAGACAACCAGUUACUCCUGUACAUCGGGAGGGCCAGAAGACGUUUGGCUACUGGGGCCCGCACACGAGCUCAAUUGACUGGUGUGAAGACAACUAUGUUAAUCUCCCCUAUAUCGCCGAAACGUGGAACACGUUCUCCAACAUCCCAUAUAUGCUUCUCGGUCUACACGGUGUCCUUCUCACCCAAGGCCUACCACACCGAGCGCGCUUCGCCCUCCUCCACGCCGGCGUAGCGCUCAUCGGAGUCGGCAGCUUCAUAUUUCAUGCGACGCUCAACUGGUACGCCCAGGUGUUCCUGGACGAACUGCCCAUGAUCUACGUCAGCACGCUCUGUUUGUAUGUUAUUUUGAUGGCUGGGAAAGACGCGUGGUGGAAGAGGCUUGUCGCCCCCGCGCUGGUAAUGCUUGCUUUGGCGGUCACUGUGAUCUACUUCUGGUACCCCAAUCCAGUGUUUCACCAGCUAUCCUAUGCGUUCAUCCAAUUCCUGACCACAGCGCGCAACUACGUUCUCCUGCAAACCGUUCCCCCCUCGGUGCGCAAACAAUGUCAUCGGAUCCUCUGGUCUGGUGCAAUCACCUUCCUUCUCGGCUUCGCGAUCUGGAACGUCGAUAACCAGUUCUGUGACACGCUGACGCAAUACAGGGGACACUAUGGGGAUGUGGUAGGCGCUUUGACCCAGGGGCACGCCUGGUGGCACGUUUUGACCGGCAUCGGCGGGUCACGUAUCGUAGUCGGCGUUACCUAUCUGGCACUGUGCGUAGAAGAUCCUGACGGGUAUGAGAUCGGCACUUCUCUAGGCUGUAUGCCUUACGUGCGGGCGAAGGCGAAGGUUUCUCACAAGAAGGCGGAGUAACGUAUCUCUCGUUGAUUCGUUCUGGCAAUCAAGGACUGUUGUCACAAGUAGCUUGCAUAUUUGCGGUAUUAAUGUACAUAAUUAGCUUAGUGUUCAA